AUGAACCCAAAACUGCCACCACUAACAGUCUUCUUAGCAACUGCAAGUGUCCUCACACCGGUUCCCACGAGGGUUUCAGCGGCACCAGCCCUUGCAUCAAGCUCGACAGCUCCAUCCGCUCGGUCGGGUUGA